GGGCGAUCGACGAAGAUCGCCGCCGAAGGAGAUGGGCGGUCGACGAAGAUCACCGGCGAAGGAGAUGGGCGGUCGACGACGAAGAAGACGACUAUCCUCCGCUCCAACUUCCACUCCAAUGGCGAGACCCGCUGUCUCACUAUCCUCACGAAGAUGGCCACCGAAGAAGAAGGGAUGUCGAUCGUGAUCGACGCUGCGAAGCUCUUCCGGUUCAAGUGGAAGCAUCAAUUGAUCGGAUUGAUGUUUCAUUUGCCGAUUUCAAUCAUUCUUUAGAACGAGUAUGCACAUCGGUAAGCAAACUAUCUUCGGCCAUCUACUCACACUCGCUUUCAACCGAUUUCGCACUUGCCCGAUUUCCUCUGCUCCCGCAUGGCUCGCCGCACCAGCAUCCGCCAUCGUCUGCCACUAGCGCGUGACACCAGUCGCCUAAAUCGAGCCCGAUUGGUCCCACACAGACAGAACUCCCGCCGUUGCUCCCACUCCACUCUUGGUUGCCAAACCCACGCCAGCGUCCGUCCGGAACGCACCUUCGCUCCAGCUCCCAUCCCCACACAGCUCCCACGAUCUCAUGGUUCGACCUACCCUCGAAGCCACAGAGAAGCCCAUGUACAAAUUAUGUGGCGAGAAGAAUCAUAUUUCUCUGAAUCCUUCCCCUCUAUACUCCAGUUCGAGCUCCAAGGGCUCAGAAAGCCAUCGAAGCCAAUAUACCCGAUGCAGCAACAUCAUGAGCGUCGAUGGUUCUUCCAAAAUUGACUGGGAUUGUUCGGAUAUAUGCAAAGAUAAUGAUGAACUAAAUACCCAUUCAAGGAGUUCUUGCAAUUUAGAAAAGUAAGUGGCUGCUGCUCAUGAAUGCAAGGUCUGCAAUAAUGCUGAAGAGGAAGAAAAUCGCCUUGCAUCCACAGAAUUGAGACCUGCUGAAGAUUGGCCAAGGAUAAAGAAGGAAUUUCAAAUUCUGAACCAUUUUGUUGAUCACGGUACAACAAUAGUUAAGGGGAGAAUCUCAUCUGAAUCAAGAUUUUUGGAGUUAAAAGAGAAGCUAGUUACAUCUGAUUAUGACGAUUAUGCUUCAGAUGCUAUCAUAGAGGUUUUCAUUACAGGUGUGCAAGUGCUGGAUGUGAAAUCCACUAACAAAGCUAAUCCAACGCCAUGCUCACAAGUUGCUCGACGUAUUGUCGCUGAUGACUUCGUGCAGUUGGGUGAUGACGACUUCCUUGUUAAGAUUGAUUUAGUACUUCAGGACAACAUGAAUAUUGCGGUAAAGAGAUUGAAGGAUGGUCUGAGUUCAUUUGGUGAAUCUUCCUUCCUGUGCGAACUUGAGAUGAAAAGUAUAGCGGUGCAUCAAAAUCUUUUGAGUUUGAUUGGCUUUUGUACAACAGUAAGACUUUUAGUUUAUCCAUUUAUGGCUAAUUUAAGUGUUGCUCAUCAUUUAAGAGAACUGAAGCCCGAAUAUCCACUUUUAGAUUUUGUGCCUCUUGGAAUCGCUCGAGCUCUGCCAAAUCUUCAUGAGAGGUGCGAUCCAAAGAUCAUCCAUCGUGAUAUCAAAUCCGUGAAUGUGCUUCUUGAUGAGAACUUUGAGGCUGUAGUUGGAGACUUUGGAUUGGCCAAGCUGAUGGAUAUGAAGAAAACAUCUGUAACUACUCAGAUUUGUGGAACUCAAGGCCGCAUAGCGCCUGAAUAUAUAGCCACAGGCAGGGCAUCCGAGAAGACUGAUGUUUUUCGAUAUAGCAUCAUGCUUCUUGAGCUGGUUACUGGACAGUGUGCUCUAUGCUUUGAAGGAAGAGAUGACUUGCUUCUGCUUGAUCAUAUAAGAACACUUUCAUUUGCUAUUUCUGAUGGCUCUCGUCCUGGUAAUGAAGAGCGAGAAUAUGCAUUGAAAGUUAUGCAUGCAGGGCAGCAAAUUUCAGCUAGGAUUAUUUUAAUAAGGAGUUCUUUUUUAAGAAAUAUGCUUGAGUACUAUCAGGGUGGUGUGGAGAUGAUAAGAAGGGAUUUGCUUAUUGAACAUUUGAAGCCUUAUCUUGAGCGUGCACUAACCCUUAGCCCAUGUUAUUAUGGUGGUGUUAAUGACGACAAGAUGACUGCUAUACGAGUAAUGAUUGGGCGUCAAAGACGCAAAUUGUUUGACCCAGGAGGAUUGAUUAUAAUUUUUACAUCCAUCUUCCUUCAAAUAAAGCACCUCGACGGAGUUGAGCUCUUUUAUGCAAGGGAAGAAUGAUGUGGAACAUUAUAGCUUAAUUUGUUCCUUAGGUUAUUUUAUUUAGUUUGUUAUAGAUUUGUUUCAUGUUUUUUAGAACUUUCUAGGUUUCUCUGGGUUAUCUCUAUUUGGGCAUUAUAUAUAUGUGGAAUGUGUAAGAGGAAGGGAUAUUGAAUGAAUAUUAUCUCUUUUAUGAA